UUGUAUCCGUUUGUGGGGGAGGGGCUCAUCACAUGACGAUAAGCCCUGCAAACUACCAGGCUAAUAACAUUGUAUAUAUAGCUGAGCUGCUGUUGUGCUUGUGAUAGUUUACAGUUUACAAAGCUAAGGUACAGGUGGUUAGAGAGUAACAAUCCACACAGUCAUGAGCUGCAAGCUCACUGUACCUCUCCUGCUGCUAGCCUGUUGUUAUGGAGUGGUGGCCUACAGUGCAAGUGACUGUAGUACUAGCAUCAGCAUCAACAGAAUAGCACAACCAGCCUGCUCGCAAACAAGUAACGACAGCCUCUGGGUUUGUGGAGAACUCCAAUCUGCACUAAACUUAUUAUCAAACAUUGAUCGUAGCAGCUCAAAUUCAACCGAUAAUUCUAUUGAAGACUGCGUGCUGCUACUUAUACCAGAUGGCGAGCCUCAUUACAUCACUACCCCACUGUUUCUUGGAGGCACCAACGUGCACUUUAUUGGAAUAUCACAAACCGAAGACAUUAGUAACAGAGCUGGAUUGAACGGGUCAAUGUUGCAGCUACCGUCCAUUAUCUGUGACUACACAAUUGAUGUGGAUUUGAGCAGAAUUUUUGAUCCUAAUUACAACUAUAAAGACUAUGUUUUAUACUUCAAUCGCUCAAGAGCUGUAUCGUUUCGAAACAUUGAGUUGUCCAACUGCCCCUAUCCCAUUAGGCUGAACACUGUGGUCCAAGUUGACAUUCACAACUCUUUAUUUAGGGGCUUUUCUGAGGCAGUUUUCGACCUCUACAACAAUCGCAACAUCUCUAUCACCUACUCAACUUUCCAUGACAACCAGGGGACUGGGAUAUCUCGAUAUGCAUUCAGAGGAAACACUGGUGCUGUUGCUAUUGGUUUCAAUGGUGUCCCUAUGAACUAUUCAGAGCCUAAAGUAUUCAUUUUCAAUUGUAACUUUACGAGAAACAGAGCUACAGCUUCUUCUCUGUUUAGGAGCUCAAGUGGCGCUUUUUUCAAUCAGGCGUUUAGCGGAAGAGGUGGUGGGGUGGGCGUGUUCUUUAAUGAAGAUGUUCACAAUGUCUCCGUUACAAUCACUGACAAUCUGUUCCUGGGUAACUAUGCUCAAUCGUUCGGAGGUGCUGUAUUUCUUGUAGUGUUCAACGAAGGCACUCAUCACACAAUGGACCUCGAGAGAAACAUAUUCAAUUCUAAUGUCGGUCGAUUAGGGGGAGGUGCAGUACAGAUGACAUUUAUUUCGAAUGGUAUCGCUGGAGAACCACAUACUACAAGUUUUAUCGACUGUCUAUUUCAAAGUAACUCCGGACCGUCUGGGGGAGCUGUGUAUGUGUACCCAGCAUUCCAAGGUGGAGAUGGCAACCUUGUGAUCUUCAGGAGAUGUCAUUUCUUGAUGAACCAAGGGAUCCCUGGAGUAGGGAGGGAGUUUGGGUCAGCUGUUGCAAUAUCGUAUUCUAACUUCUUUCGCAACAGAGAAUCUUUACCGAGAUAUGACUUCACUGAUUGCACAUUUGAGCGUAACUUUGGUACCAAUGGAGUUGUGAGUAUUGCCUAUGCACCAGUGACCUUCAAUGGCAACAACACCUUCACGAACAACACAGGAACCAGUGCUCUGAGGAUUGUCGGUUCAUUGGUGGAGUUUUAUGGUUCUCUGUCGUUUAUCCAUAACUACGUUGGUGAUGUGGCAGCCCUCCACCUCCUCUCACUGGGGCAGGUCAGACUCACCACUGGACUCAAUAUAGAGUUUGUUGGGAACAGUGGAAGAUAUGGAGCCAGCAUUCUCGUAGAGACACCUGUGUCUAUUGCAGCCUUCCAGAACCUGGCUUUCAACCCACAGUGUUUUGUUCUCAACCAGACCCCAAACCUACCACCUUCCAACUGGACAGACGUAUCCAUCAAGUUUCGCAAGAAUAAUGCUGUUUUAGCCUCGUCCCUGUACAUGUCUCAUGUGGACAGCUGCUCCUGGAGCUCCCUCAAGCCUCCAUUCUUUAACCCAGCCUUUCUCAAGCAGUGGCCAAUUUGGGACUUUGGCAACGACAGUAAGAACACUGGUUUUGAUGACCCCUACUCACCCAACUAUUAUGUGGAAACUUCUGCUCAUGCCAUUGACUCAAUCAAUGACUCAGUGACUUUCUGGCCUGGACACAAGUUCAACCUUCACCUCACUGGCUGGGACCAGUUUGACCACCCAACGUUUGUGAGUGCUCGAUUCUUCGCUCUCACCAACUCUUCCUCUAAUACUGUGAGCCUGCACCCUCCUCUGGUCAUCACUGACUCUAAUAAGCAGUCAAGUGGUCACCUAAGCAGCCAGUACACACUCACCUACGCUGUCAACAAUGACGUCAUACCUCUUAACAACAUCCACGAGCCGUUAGCUAAUGUACGGAUUGACGUGCCCUUCCAAGAUGACAAUGUUCAAGGAGUGAUAACGGACAGCUUUGUGAUCUACCCUGAUGUGUGUCCGGUGGGAUACACUCUGAGACAGGCUGCCUUACACAGUGGCUAUGAGUGUCGCUGUCAGGAGGACAUCCAGCAGAUAAUACUCAACUGUGAGGAUGACCAGGACACCAUCUUGAUUCAGUCUGGCUACUGGGGAGCUCCAUACACUAGCAGCAAUCAGUACAACCAGGGCCUGAACCAUUUCUACCCGUGUCCGGCCGGCUAUUGUCGCUGCAGUCAGGAGACUAGUCUAGGACCGUCCAUGUGCAUUCAAACCUACACCAUCUCUCAGCCUGAUGCUCAGUGUGUCUGCAACAGAAGCGGCGUGCUCUGUGGUGAGUGUGAGAGUGGAUACGGAGUCAGUGCAUUGCUAAACAAGUGUGUCACUUGUAGCGAUGCUUUCAGUCUCCUCAUUGUUAUACUAGUUAUCGUGGAUGUGGUUUUGUUUGCGCUGAUCAUUCUAUGGGACAAAGCUCUACCGUGUUAUCUCUACCCUUUCAUAUUCUACCUUCAGGUUGCUCCAUAUGUUGGACAAUACUUCCCAAGCAGUUUUGAGAUUGUCGGAAAAUUUUUGGUAUUCAUUGGGAGUGCACUGAGUUUCUACUUUCCCUACGACUUCUGUCUCUAUGGCAACAUGUCCCCAGUCGUGGCGUACUUCCUGCGUUACGUCCCCAUCCUUAUUGCCAUGGCAAUGGCACCCCUUCUGUUUAUUCUUAGGAGGACAAGAUAUCGUGUGUUGGAGCAUUAUGGACUGUGGUCUAUUAUCCUGCUACUGUACACUCCUGUUGUGCACACUUCAGUCUCAGUUCUCAACUGUCCAUACGUCGACACUGUCGGGGAGUAUAGAUGGUUUGUGGAUGGAUCAGUCGAGUGUUUUACUGGAUGGCAUGCUCCACUGGGCAUCAUGGCCAUCAUUAUGUUGUUGCUAUGUUUUGCCCUCAUCCCCCUAACAGUAGUCAUAGCACUCAACAAGUACCCAAAGAGAUGUCUCUAUUGGCUUAGGAACAUUUCUGCUCCAUUGAAGGAGAGCUAUAAGGAUGACCUCAAGUGGUGGUUUAGUGUGGAGUUGGGAAGAAGACUUCUGCUAUUGCUACUCAUUGUCCCUCUACCAGUAACCAAUGCUGUACCUCUCUUGAUUGUGUGCAUACUGGUGGCCGUGUACGGACUGUUUCAGCCCUACAAGUCAAUCGCAGUCAAUAUACUCGAGAUAUGCAUACUCUCAAACUUUCUCCUGCUACUGAUGUUGCAGUCUACCCAGCUCAUAAAGGAUAAUUACGUUGUAUUCCCAUUGCCCGAUGCCAUAACUGAGUUCAAUCUUACCACUACUGCUUGUCAAUUGUACUCUGGGAUUUCAACUCUGACUUGGAUUCUGUUGCCUUUCUACUACCUACCACUUCUCAGUUUGCUGGUUGUGAUCGGGGUGGCACUAAUAAACUAUUUAAGAACAAGGAUUAUGUGGCCCCAAAAAUCUGUUGACCUAACAAAUCUGGAGCGAAUCAACAGCAGUUACAUACCACCGAGCACAAAUGUCCGUAGCGUGUCAGUGAGGAUAGGACACAGACGAGCAACUCACGGAGUGGCUGCUACAAAAAGUCACUUUUUAAUACAACAAAAGAACAAUAAUAUAAUUCAUGAGGAGGAACUUAUGUCCCCUGUAUUUUCACCCACUAGUUCAACUGUGUUUUAUAAUGCUGAAAGUGUACACAUUUCUGAUUCUUAAUUUUGUUUGUGUGUACAUCGUAAUUAUGUCAUGAUAAUCCCUAUGGUACAUAACUCUUGAAUUAUAUGCAUGCUAAUAUAAGAUACCUAUCUUUACAUUGUUGUCAAUGAAAAUUAUCAUACAUAA